AUGCUUCCCAGCCCCCUGCCUCGGCCCCCUGGCUCGGCGCUCCUCCGCUGGCCCGCGGCGCCGGGCUUCGGCCACCUGGGCCGAAGUUUCCUGAUCGAGAACUUGCUGAGGGCCGGGGGGGACCCGCCGCCAGCCCCCCGCCGCCUCCCCGCCGCCCCGGUCCCGCUGAAGCUGCAAGCCAGCCCCCCCGGAGGGGCCUGGCCCAGCCGCCGCUGGCCUGGCCCGCCGCUCAACCCCCCGGCGCCGGCGGACCGACGAGGAGGCGCCUUGCCAGCACCACCAGCCGCCGCCGCCGCCGCCGCCGACACAGAGAGAGAACCAUUCAAUGGACUCCACACUCUGUUUGCAGCUCUCCCGAAGCACUUUCUCCCGCAGACGCCACUGGUCUAUUCGGCCUGCUGCGGUGGGUCCUGUCAACACCCUGCCUCCCCCACUGCUUUUCCAAGACAGGAAAAUGUUCUGCCUCUUCUAGCCCAGGAUUCCAGAUCCCGAAGAGGGAUUUUAAGAAGGGCUGUCUUUUCUGAAGAUCAGAGAAAAGCUUUGGAGAAAAUGUUUCAGAAACAGAAAUACAUCAGCAAAACAGAUAGGAAGAAACUGGCUCUCAAUCUGGGUCUAAAGGAGUCACAGGUCAAAAUAUGGUUUCAAAAUAGAAGGAUGAAAUGGCGAAACUCCAAAGAAAAAGAAGUACUUUCCAACAGAUGCUUGCCGGAGGAAGGACUUAAAGAGACCUAUCUUUCCAAAUCCUCCUUGAAUUUAAUUCCUCCAUCAUGCUCUGCCUGGCAAAUGCCCCAACAACAAAUAAGUCCAAGGUGGCAGAAUCAUCCAGAACACUCAGAGAGACUGAGUAGCAGAAGUAGCUCGCGGUCACCUCCAAGACCAAAUUCAUCUUCUGGCACAUUGUAUUUCUAUCAGGAACAAGAAACCGCAGAGGAGGCAAUUAUAUCAUAAUAGAGAAAAAUGGAUGAAAUUGUUAUGUAAAGUGUU